AUGGGGUUUAAACAAACUGUUCCUGAUAAUUCCUUGUUUGUUAAAGGGGAAGGAACAUCAUUUAUGGCCCUACUAGGUUAUGUAGAUGAUAUAGUAGUGGCUAGUACUGAUUUGAAAUUGAUUCAGCAGGUUAAAGUGGAACUUAAUGAUCAGUUUCAGAUCAAGGAUCUAGGUCUCUUGAAGUACUUCUUAGGACUGGAGAUAGCUAGACAGAAGAAGGAAAUUGCAGUGUCUCAAAGAAAAUAUGCCUUAGAAUUGCUGGAUGAGGCAGGUUUCAUGGAUUCCAAACCAGUUUACAGUCCAACAGUUCCAUCACACAAGUUAAGUAAAAAUGAAGGUGAGUUCCUUGAUGACAAUGUCCAGUACAGAAGGCUUGUUAGAAAGUUAUUAUACCUAACCAUUACAAGGCCUGAUAUAAGCUUUGCUACACAACAAUUCUCCCAAUUUCUAGAUAAACCUACACAUCUACAUCUACAGGCUGCACACAGAGUCCUAAGAUAUAUUAAAAAUGCUCCAGGACAAGGUUUAUUCUUCCCAACUAGUUCUGAUAUACACUUGAAAGCAUUCUAUGAUUCUGAUUGGGGUGCUUGUGUGGAUUCAAGGAAAUCUAUCACUGGCUUCUGCAAUUUUCAUGGUCAAGCUUUGAUAUCAUGGAAGUCCAAGAAGCAGGCUACAAUAUCAAGAUCUUCCUCAGAAGCAGAGUACAGAGCCUUGGCAGCAACAGCAUGUGAAGUCCAAUGGCUAAUCUACCUUCUCAGUGAACUUGGAUUGCAUCCUAAAGCACCAGCUGCUAUCUACUGUGAUAGUAAGUCUGCAAUUGCAAUCAGUGAGAAUCCGGUUUUCCAUGAGAGAACCAAACACAUUGAGAUAGAUUUCCAUCUAGUUAGGGAAAAACUUCACAAAGGCACAGUCAAACUAUUUCAUGUGGCUUCUGGAAGUCAGCUAGCAGAUAUAUUGACAAAAGCUCACUGUCCAGCCACCUUCUUUAGCUAUGUUUCCAAGCUGGGAUUGUUCAACCUAUACAAUCCAGCUUGCGGGGGGCUAUCAGAUAGUGCAACAUUAGUCGGUUAG